UCAGGUCUAGAGGAAGGAGUCUAAUCCCUUAGAGUGGUUUAUGAUCUGAUUUCUCUGUUUACUCCAAUUCUCAAACACUCCAUAUUUUUUAAACUGUUUUCCGAAUAAAGUACGUGCAUAUGUUUUCUUCUUUUCCCAGUUCAUUGGCAGUAUUAAACUAAAACUGAAAAUAAGGAGCAGCAUCCAAAGAUAAAAGUUUUGUGAAACUAGGUAUCCAAGCAGCCAAAAGACAACAGUGGCCAAAAAUGUUAACAGUACCCUUUUCUUUACACCUGUGCUGGUAUGUAAAGAAUGAUUUGGGGGCCAUUGCUAAUUUCUGAAGACCAAUUGCUGAGCAAUUGUUUUCCUCACUAGAUUUUUUUUUAAUUACCUUAGAGGUAAGUGAUGGUAGAAUGUGGCAACAAAAAGGAUUGUGCCCCUGUUUGUAAAUGCUUGUGAUUUGUAGUAUAUCCCUUCAAUCUGUGUACUUCGAUGCUGCUGCUUGCUGUACAUCAGUCAGUGGGAAGCACCUUUAAAUCUAUAGUACGUUAUGAUGCUACAAAGUACACGUCUCCUUGUUACCACAGCCUUAUACUAGCUAAAAGUGCAGACAGAAGUGUACAAGACUCAAGUCUAUAACUGAUCCACUCUUUUUAUGACAUGGAUCACAACUCUGGAGGACAAGUCUCACGAGGAUCAGCUGAGGGAGCUCGGGGGAGGGGGGGAGGGGUUCAGCCUGGAGAAAAAAGUUCAGAUGUAACCUGCUUCAAAGGAGGUUGGAGCCAGGUGCGAGUCGGCCUCUUCUCCCAGGAAACAGGAUGUGAGGAUGUGGCCUUAAGCGGCUGCGCGGGAGGUUCAGGUUGGAUAUCAGGAGAAAUUUCUUGGCAGGGAGGAUGAUUAGACAUUGGAAUGGGCUGCCCAGGGAAGCGAUGGAGUCACUGUACCUGGAGAUGUCUAAGGGAAGAUUGAACAAUGAUACUCACAGUGGUAUUUGGUCAUAGGUUGGACUCGAUCUGAGAGGUCUUUUCCAACCUAAUUAAUUCUGUGACCAUCUGAGGCACUAACAGCCCUUAGCAUCGCUAGAAGCAGGCACUGGAUGAUUUUGGAGGUGAUCUGACAGCGUAAGGAGUGGUCUUUAACCGCUUCUAGAUAAUUUUUAAACCACCUUUUCCUCUGAUCGUGUAUUUUUGGAUUGUUCAGUACAACACAGAAGGUGCAAUGUAACAUUGUUCCGAGAGAACUGUGUGUCUUUUCGUCUGUAGGUGUGCACCCAGAAGCUAUGCGUUUUCAUUCCCGGCGCCCGCAGCUCUCUCCGUUCUGGGUACUGCGCGUCGUCACCCGUGCGGGGAGGGCGAGCCGGGCCCACACCCGCAGCCCUGGGGGCUUCCCCGUCACAGCCCGCCCGCCGCUCAGCGCCUCUCCGGCCGCUCGCAGCCAAUGGCAGCUCAGGACACAAACGCGCCGGCGUGUGUCCGGAGCGCGGAUUGGUUGGUCCAGUUUGCGCGGGCGCGGCUCGGCAGGGGGGCGGUGCCGGAGCCGUGAGGGAGAGGUCGCCAUGCUACGGGAGCUGCGGCGGCGCUGGCGUUCCUAUAGGUACCGCUUCGUACCCUGGCUCGCCCUCAACUUCCGCCGCCAUCGCAGGACGCUUCGAUAUGUUCCUGAAAGCUCUCAAGACAAAAUUAUUGCUGAUGAAGAUGUCUUUGAAACACUACUGAAAACAUUUAAAGCUCUGUUCAUAAAUGACUUCAGUAAACAAGCAGAUAUUCUGGCCUUACUUCCGGAAGUCAAGUGCCAAUAUCUGGAAUUACUUACUGUGGAGCAGAAGCGGUUGAAAGUAAAUUCUUGUAACCGUCAGGGUCAGCGCAUGUUUAGUCCUGAGGAAGUUUUGUUUAACACACUUGGGUUCACUGUUAGCAGAGACAGGAGUUCGCUGGUGUCUGCUGGAACUGGAGUCUUUGUUACCAAAGGUUUUGUACCGAAAGGGACGGUUGUGUCUAUGUAUCCUGGUACAGUAUACAGAAAGCAUGAGCCCAUCUUUUUCCAGUCCCUUGGCAAUCCCUUUAUUUUUAGGUGCAUUGAUGGUGUGUUUAUUGAUGGGAACGAUAAAGGACUGUCAAGAUCAGUGUACAGGUCUUGCAGCAGAAGAGAUCAACUUGGCCCUUUUCAAAUGAGUGAUGAGAGCUGGCUCACAGCCACCCUGCAAAACCCACUGGCAGUGGGACAAUACGUCAACAACUGCUCACAUGGUAAGUUGACAGAAAAAACAGCAAACGUGUGUUACCAAGAGUUUGACGUGCCAGGACAUUUUCCAGUAGAAUUGAAACAAUAUCUUCCAAACAUCGUCUACAGCCAUGACAUAGAGAGCCACUUGAGGUGUGUAGUUCUUGUCACUCUCAGAGACAUCAAGCAAGGAGAAGAACUUUUUUCAAAUUACUACACUGUUGUCAGCUGAAUUAAUAGAUUCAAAACUGAAGAAAUCUGUGUCAAUAAAAUAUGUAUGGUGCCUGUA